AACUAAAUAUUUUGGAAAUUUGUUUUGAUCGGUUUUGAUCGGUUUUGAUCGGUCGAUUUCUGUUUUGUAAGCUGUGAUUCUGUUGUUUAUUGAAGUACAAAUAAUUUCAAAUGGAGAGUAAUGAAAUGGAGACUAAACUUUGGGGUGGUUUUGUUGAUGAAACAAGUAAUUUCACGAGUCCAUACUUACUUAGUUUCGAUGAGAUCGAAAAGCUCAGCAAAGACUUUGUGCCCUGCUCAUCGAACAAAAACGUCAAGUCGGAGAAUCUUAUGACAACCCAAGUGAUUCCCAUCUCAUACUUUGAAACAGAUCCUAUUACUCAACACAACAUUCAACUGGUUCAAUACACAAAGCAGAUGCAAGAACUUCUUCAGCACAUUGAGAAAUCUUACAAAAAAUUCAAUCCAGAGAAUAUCCCAAUUGUCCCAUCAAAGCCUGCUAGACAACACAUUCAGCAGCACCCAUCCAUGAAGCUGACUAGAAGAGGAGUACAACAGGUACUGCAUAGGUCGAUAUACCAGGUUUGUGCUCAUGAAGGAUUUGACAGUACCACUGAAUCAGUAAUGUCAGUGUUAGCUGGAGUGGUGGAAGAGAUGCUCAUGAAGUUUUGUACCCUACUGAAAGUAAACACUGAGCGUGAAGUAUUGGGGCAAUCAACAGGAUUUGUGGAUGCAAUGGAAAGGACCUUGUUUGAUGUGGGCAUUAACGGUGUCAAAGAUCUUCACAUCUUCUAUACUAAUCGAGUGCUACGAUACAACGACCGUCUCAGACAACAAAGCCACAAUCUCCAUCGAGCGUGCGUGAAAGCUGUUACACAGUUUGACAACUCAAAGGUAACAGGUCCUGCAACACCUUGGGAAGAAUCAGAAUGGGCAGAAUUGACAGAGUGGAGCGUAAACGAACCUCUGGAUAUAGACAGUUCUUUCAAUAGAGAAGUGAACGUCAAAUCUGAAUCAAACACAAACCAUGAAGCCGUCAAUCAGUUACAUUUAGAGGACAAUACGGCCAUCUCUGCGCCUGGAAUUGAAUCUGGAUUAAGGAUGCUGUACACGCUUGAGCAACAAGAAGCAAUGGGAGUACCUAGUUUUGGACGAGCACAAAGUUCCAGUAAAGAAGACAGUGCGUCACCUACCUUUUUCGCGGGUUCUGAUUCUAUUUCCCCAAACGCUAAACAAAACGGGAACAAAAAACUACGCAAAUUUUAAUGUGUACUUAAGUUAAUGGAUAAAAUUUCUGAUAAAAAUUUCUAUGGUUGUAUGUGAUUAAUAUGUUUCAUUCUGAAUAAUGAUACUAAGGAAAUAUAACGAGUUUGAGUUCGA